CGGGUUCAAAAUGAUAUAACCGGCUUGAGAGGGGUGGGGGUUUGGUGAGAAGGCAUAAUGGGAGGAGCGGAAGAUUCGAAGAUAUCUACGGUCGGUGCUGUGGUUCUGGGUGGUACGUUUGACCGAUUGCACGAUGGUCAUCGGACUUUCCUCAAGGCGGCGGCGGAGCUAGCGAGGGAUCGAUUAGUGGUGGGAGUAUGUGAUGGCCCUAUGUUGACCAACAAGCAAUUUGCUGAGAUUAUACAACCCAUUGAAGAAAGAAUGCGUAGUGUGCACAACUAUGUCAAGUCUGUCAAGCCCGAGCUGGUUGUACAAACCGAACCCAUUACUGACCCCUAUGGUCCUUCAAUCGUGGAUCAAAAUCUGGAAGCUAUAGUUGUCAGGUUCCCACAUUCUCUAUCUCUAUUUAUUUUCUGUGCUACAACAAGGUCACUAACUAAUCUUAAUCUCUGCAGCAAGGAGACGUUACCAGGUGGCUUGUCUGUUAACAGAAAGAGAGCAGAAAGAGGUCUUUCUCAACUCAAGGUUCCUCUUUUUACCCACCAGCCUUCUUAUCUGAUAAAUACCUUCUCAUGCAUUUUGAGAUAUUUUCAACCCUUGGACCACUAUGCUUGGUUGCAGAUAGAGGUUGUGGACAUAGUUUCCGAUGGAUCAAGUGGGAACAAGAUAAGUUCAAGUACUCUCAGGAAGUUAGAGGCCGAGAAACAAAAACAACAGGAAGAAGCGUCAUGAACUACUCAUGUCAAAAUUCAGCUUUCUUUGUAAUAAAUAAACUUUUACUUCCCUUGUUCGUAUACUAAAGGAAAUGAAACUUAUCAAUAAAAGGUGACGCUUUGUAUUACCUUUGGCAGAAACGGUGACGCUUUGCUUC